CGGCUGGCUCUCCUCCACCGGCUUGUCGGUGGAGGCAGUCGACGUGAGGGGGGGAGUUAACAAGGUGCGCGCCGGUGGUGGCGCGCAGGCGCCGUGGACGGGUCGGGGACUUUGUUCUCGGUUCUGGGAGCAGGGCGGCGCCGGUGGCGGGGCGCGCGUGCGCACCCGCUCACUUCCGGUGAUCUCUUUCGCUCUCGCUGGGUCGCUCUCUCGCUGAGUCGCUCUGAUCCGCUCCGGUCGUCCCCGCGCCCGCUCUCCCGCCUCCGCCAACCGCCGCUGUUGCGCGGGCCUCCACCGCCGCCGCGCUCCGUCCCUCAGCCGCCCUCCCGCCCGCUCCGCACUCAUGCAGCGCCGGGACGACCCCGUCGCGCGGCUGUGCCGGCCCCUGGGCCGCGGCGGCGCCGUGGAUCCCUCAGGCGGCCACCCGCCGCCGCGCCAGGCGCCGUCCCGGCAGCCGCUGCCCUCUCACCGGCCCCGGGGCGGCGGCGGAGGCCCUCGGGGAGGCGGCGGGGGCUCUCGGGCCGCCCCGGCCACGCAGCCGCCGCCGCUGCUGCCGCCGUCUGCCACUGGCGGGGGCCCCGAGGUGGGCGGGGGCGGCCCGGCGCCGGCUCCGACCCCGCUGCUGCCACCCUCCGCCACGGCUGCCGCCAAGAUGGAGCCUGAGAACAAGUACCUGCCUGAGCUCAUGGCUGAGAAGGACUCCUUGGACCCGUCUUUCACCCACGCUAUGCAGCUGCUGGCCGCAGAAAUCGAGAAGAUUCAGAAGGGUGAAUCAAAGAAAGAUGAUGAGGAGAACUACCUGGAUUUAUUUUCUCACAGGAACAUGAAACUGAAGGAACGAGUCUUGAUACCAGUAAAACAGUAUCCCAAGUUUAAUUUUGUAGGGAAGAUCCUAGGACCUCAGGGGAACACGAUCAAAAGACUGCAAGAGGAAACUGGGGCCAAAAUAUCAGUUUUAGGAAAAGGUUCCAUGAGAGACAAAGCAAAGGAAGAAGAGCUACGUAAAGGAGGAGACCCUAAGUAUGCCCACUUAAACAUGGACCUGCAUGUUUUCAUUGAAGUCUUUGGGCCCCCCUGUGAGGCUUAUGCCCUUAUGGCUCAUGCUAUGGAAGAAGUCAAGAAAUUCCUUGUUCCGGAUAUGAUGGAUGAUAUCUGCCAGGAACAGUUUCUUGAAUUAUCUUAUCUGAAUGGUGUGCCAGAGCCUAACCGUGGGCGUGGGGUACCAGUAAGAGGAAGGGGAGCAGCUCCUCCACCUCCACCUGUUCCCAGGGGCCGUGGUGUCGGGCCUCCCCGAGGAGCCCUGGUCCGUGGUGCUCCAGUGAGAGGGGCCAUCACUAGAGGGGCCAGUGUGGCCCGUGGGGUGCCCCCCCCUCCAGCAGUAAGGGGAGCCCCUACUCCAAGAGCCCGAGCCACCGGCAUCCAGAGAAUACCUCUUCCUCCACCCCCAGCACCAGAGACUUACGAAGAAUAUGGAUAUGAUGAUACCUAUGCCGAGCAAAGUUAUGAAGGAUACGAAGGCUAUUAUAGCCAGGGCCAAGGGGACUCGGAGUAUUACGACUAUGGACAUGGAGAGGCACAAGAUUCUUAUGAAGCUUAUGGUCAAGACGACUGGAAUGGGACAAGGCCCUCCCUGAAGGCCCCUCCAGCUAGGCCAGUGAAGGGGUCAUACAGAGAGCACCCAUAUGGACGUUAUUAAAACAAACAUGAGGGAAAAUUAUCAGUUAUGAGCAAAGUUGUUACUGAUUUCUUGUAUCUCCCAGGAUUCCUGUUGCUUUACCCACAACAGACAAGUAAUUGUCUAAAUGUUUUUCUUCGUGAUUCCCUUCUUCUCCCCCCUUCCUCCAUCCUCACCCUGCAUUCUGGCUUCUGUAUGUAGUAUUUUAAAAUUAGUUAAAAUAGAUUUAGGAAUAUCGAAUUAAUUUUUUUAAAGUGUGUAGAUGCUUUUCUUUCUUUGUUGUUUAAAUAUAAACACAACUGUACCUUUUAUAAUAAAAACAGAAGUUGAGUUUAAAAAAAAAAACUGUUAGUUUCCAAAGUGACAUUGCUUGCUUAAGGGUUCUGAAGUUAAGCUUUGUUAACAUUCUCUUAGGUUUGGUUUGAGGCAACCCGUAAAGUUGUAGUUGCAGAUUCCCAAACUAGGCUACAUUUCAAAAUUCAGGGCUGUUUUUAAGACUUAAAAUCAUAAUAUUAACGGUAGUAGGUGCCACCGUUUAAAAGUAAGCUCAGAUGUCAAAUACAUUUCCUUAAAAGCAUAUGGCGGUUGAAUCUUAAGUUUAAAUUUUUAAUAUGAAAGAUCCUCAUGAAUUAAAUAGCCGGUGUAUUUUUUUUAAAAGUUAAUUGAUUUAAAAAAAAACCAACAAAAAAAAUUAGGUUUGUAAAAUUGACUUUUUCAUAUGUGGGUUUUGAAAUCUAGCCCCAAACAUACAGUGUUGAGAGAUACUUAGGGAGUAGGUUUUGAAAUGGGGUAGGUGGGAGGGAGAGUGACAGACUGAAUUUUACUAGAUGCAAGGCUUUUUUUUAUUAGCUAAGAAAUUUAAAAUCACUGCAUCUAAUAAAUCCAGUGUUUGAAUCAGAAAGCAAAAUAUUUCAUAUGGUUGAGGUUUGCUUUCUGCAAAACCACCAAUACUCCUUGGGAUGCUGGGGGCUGAAAAAGUACAUUGUUUAAACGAUAUGACAACACUGAGCCAACCCAAAUGAUGCAUUCAUUCAAGUAUGUCUCAACACUAGCGUUACAUAAAAAGGGACACUGCAGCUAAAAAAAAAAAAAAGGAAAAAAAAUCCACUCUGUACAUAGGCUAAAGUCCUAAUUGGAUUUGUACUGUCCUCCCAUUUUGUUCUUGAAGAUUAAAUGCUACAUGUGUAAGUCUGCCUAAAUAGGUAGCUAAGACUUAUGUCAAAAUGUCUACAGCAGUUUGUCAAUAAAGUUUAGUCCUUUUUUAAUCAAA